AUGUCAUCGGGCACAACACGUCCUCCAGCCUCGUCGUCGACGACUGCGCAGCCGGCAGAGAAGACUUUCUUCGAGCAGCAGCGCGAGGUGCUGUUGAAGGAAAUUGGCGUCAGCUUCGAGCAUGUGUUGGCGAAUAUUAAUAAGUUGAAUCGGGCGAUGGAGGGGGUUAUUGCUGUUGGCAAUGAGUUCAGUUCGGUCGAGGCGCUGUGGAGCCAGUUUGAGAAUGUGAUGGCGAAGGACCCCGAUGCGGAAGGGGACGGGCAGCAUACUGAGGAGGGGGAGGAGGGACAUAGUGGGGAGGAGACGGAGAUACAUGAGGGGAAUGGGCGGAGUUGGUGA